UACCUCGCACUGUGUGUGAGUGUAAUUAAGCCAUCAAAAGCAGUGGAGUGGAGGGAACGAGUGCUUUUUGAGUGCGAGAAUCAGGGAGACAGUAUUUUAAUAUGACAUAGCACAAGGAAGAGCAUUCGACACUCUUAAACUUUAACCGUAGGGAUUUUCAUAUCAAACGCACACACGUCAUUAGCCUACAUCAGCGUGCUGCUCUCUAUGGAAAAAUCUCACAGAGAAUUGAAGUCGUAGCUCAAUGAACAAACUAGACACUUGAACUGUAUUUCUCAACUCGGAAACAGACGGAAUGCAGGCAAUUCUGUUGGCAGCAGCAGUGCUCUUUGCGCACGACCUCGCCGUGGCCGAGCCGAAGACGAAAUGUCCAUCCAAGUGUGAUGUGAGUAAAUGUUCGAGUCCGAGCUGCCCGAGCGGGUAUGUGCCCGACCACUGCAACUGCUGUCUUGUGUGCAGCCUGGGCGAGGGCGCGCCGUGCGGUCGGAAGGAUGAUGCUCCGUGUGGCGACGGGCUAGAAUGUAAAUUUCCAGCCGGUAAGCGACUUUCCAAAGGGGUUUGCCAGUGUAAGACAACUCACAGAGUGUGUGGCAGCGACGGAAAGACCUACGGGAAUGUGUGCAAGAUGAGGGCAGCCGCGCGUAAAGCGCAACAGCGAGGGCUCCCCGUAAUAACUCAAACGCAGAAGGGUCCAUGUGCACCAUCAAGCUCAGGUCCUGCACAUCUGAACAGCCCAAGAUACAAGUUUAACUUUAUCGCUGAUGUGGUGGAGAAAAUUGCCCCGGCUGUGGUACAUGUCGAGCUCUUCCUCAACCAUCCACUGUUUGGCCGUCAUGUACCUUUGUCAAGCGGUUCUGGAUUCAUAAUGACACAGUCCGGUCUGAUCGUGACCAAUGCUCAUGUGGUUGCUAGCAGUGCACCAGUAACGGGCCGUCAAAAUCUACGAGUGCAGCUACACGAUGGCCAGACAUACGAGGCCUCCAUCAGAGACAUAGACAAGAAAUCUGACAUCGCAACUAUCAAAAUUAACCCAAAGAAAAAAUUACCAGUGUUAUCACUGGGUCAGUCUGCUGACCUGAGGCCUGGUGAGUUUGUGGUUGCCAUUGGCAGUCCAUUUGCGCUUCAGAACACAGUCACAACAGGCAUCGUCAGCACAACACAGAGAGAUGGAAAAGAGCUCGGCAUCCAUGACUCUGACAUGGAUUACAUCCAGACUGACGCUAUCAUCAAUUAUGGAAACUCAGGAGGUCCACUUGUUAAUCUGGAUGGUGAGGUGAUCGGAAUAAACACACUAAAAGUCACUGCAGGGAUCUCUUUUGCAAUUCCGUCAGACCGAAUCAGUAAAUUCCUUGAGGAAUCUAAUGAUAAAGAGCAGAAAGUCAAACAAAGGGUAGUCAGGACAAACUUCACACAGUCUCAAGCUAUGAAGACUGCCUCAGAUCUAAAAGUCCUCAAGAAAAGGUUUAUUGGAAUCAAAAUGGUCACUUUAACAGAGAACCUAGUCCAGGGGUUAAAAUGGUAUAAUCCAGACUUUCCAGAUAUCGGUAGUGGAAUUCUUGUCCAUGAAGUUGUCCCAGACUCCCCAGCUCAGAAAGGUGGGCUCGAAACAGGUGAUAUCAUAGUGAAGCUAAACAGCCAUCCUUUGGUCAACACUGGAGAAUUACAGGAGGCGAUUCAGGAAGACAUGCCCCUCCUUCUGGAAGUUCGGCGUGGUAAUGAUGAUCUACUAUUUAACAUUGAGCCUAAUAUCCUCAUGCAGUGACAAUAUCAGAGAUGGAAACCCGGAGGAGUGAUAUGAAGGACAAACAGCAGAUUGGUAGAAGUGUGCUUGAGUUUCUACAGAUGGAUGAAAAUGUGAAGAUAGAGGAGCACAAUUAACAUGUCAUUACAUCUGGGUUUCAAAGGACAAAUGGAGGGGAAAAAAACAAUUGUGUACUUCUGAACAGUCAUUUUUUUAUUUUUUUUAUUGUCUCUUAAAUUGAAUGUUAUUAAUGUCAUGCUAUUUUACAGUAAAACGCCACAGUAUUACAGUGCCUUUCUUUCAAGACUGACAUGGACUGACUUUAGAGAUCAGUAAUCAUUUAGAAAUAUAAAAAAUAGGCAAUGUGUUGAUACAUUUUAUACAUAUGCUACUGAAUGUUUUUGCACAUAAAGUGUAAUAUUUUAAUUUCAUAUGAU